AUACCCUUUACAAGAAUCCUUCACACGAAACAACCGAACUUUCCCUUGUCUUUAACCUUUCUAAGCCUCACUAUUAGUUACUGGUUUCUGAACCAUGGCACCAACACCACCCACCUCCCUAGAGUUUAAGGUUCAUAGGCGUGAACCUGAACUAAUCGCCCCUGCUAAGCCUACCCCUCAUGAGUUCAAACCAUUAUCGGACAUUGAUGACCAAGAGGGUCUUCGAUUUCACAUUCCGGUGAUACAGUUUUAUCGGUAUGAUCCCUCCAUGCAAGGGAGAGAUCCUGUUAUGGUGAUAAGAGAGGCACUCGCUAGAACACUAGUGUUUUACUAUCCAUUUGCUGGUAGGCUCAGGGAAGGGCCUAAACGCAAGCUUAUAGUGGAAUGUACCGGUGAAGGUGUGUUGUUUAUUGAGGCUGAAGCUGAUGUUGCUCUUGAGCAAUUCGGUGAUGCACUUCAACCUCCAUUCCCUUGCUUGGAAGAGCUUCUUUUUGAUGUCCCUGGCUCCAGUGGGGUGCUUAACUGCCCUUUGCUGCUUAUUCAGGUGACGCGCCUAAAAUGCGGUGGUUUUAUAUUUGCUCUCCGUCUCAACCACACCAUGAGCGAUGCUCCUGGCCUAGUCCAAUUCAUGUCCACCGUAGGAGAGAUGGCACGUGGCGCACAAGCGCCGUCUGUUCUUCCGGUAUGGGAAAGGCAUUUCCUUAACGCUCGGGAUCCACCACGUGUGACACGCACCCAUCGUGAAUACGAUGAGGUUGCCGACACCAAAGGCACAAUAAUCCCGCUCGAUGACAUGGCUCACCAAUCAUUCUUCUUUGGACCCAAUGAAGUCGCUGCUCUCCGAAGAUUUGUGCCGAAGCACCUCCGCCAAUGCUCUAACUUUGAAUUAUUGACGGCAUGUCUGUGGAAGUGCCGUACCAUUGCACUUCAACCAGAUCCCACUGAAGAGAUGCGUAUUAUUUGUAUUGUCAAUGGACGCAACAAAUUCAAUCCUCCGUUACCGACUGGAUAUUACGGCAACGGAUUUGUGUUUCCGGUGGCGGUGGCAAGAGCAAAAGAACUAAUUGAGAAACCGCUAGGCUUCGCAUUAGAAUUGGUAAAAGAGGUUAAAGAUAGUGUGACGGAAGAGUACAUGCGAUCCGUGGCGGAUCUGAUGGUGAUUAAAGGUAGGCCUCAUUUUACAGUGGUGAGGAGUUACCUAGUGUCGGAUGUGACGCGUGCAGGAUUUGGAGAGGUGGAUUUUGGAUGGGGUAAGGCUGCAUAUGGUGGGCCAGCGAAAGGUGGGGUAGGGGCCAUCCCUGGAGUGGCAAGCUUUUAUAUACCGUUCAGAAACAAGAAAGGAGAAAAUGGGAUUGUGUUGCCAAUUUGCUUGCCAGCACAGGCAAUGGAAAGAUUUGUAAAGGAGCUAAAGGGUAUGUUAGAGGAGCAGCCAAUUAAUGAUGCCAAAAAAUCCAAAUUUAUAGUAUCUGCCUUGUAAUUCUGUUAUUUUGUAACUUUGUUUUGUGGAAAAGUAGUAUAUUAAUUAUGGUGAAUUGUGUUUUAUGAAA